AUGCGUGAACGCAGACAUACAAAUGUGCGACAAUUUUCACCAGGAAAUCUUGUGUCAAUUCGCGAUUAUCGCCGUGAACGAAAUCCGUGGAUUCCAGGAACUGUAAUCGAACAGACCGGACCUGUCUCGUACAAAGUGGCAACAAUCGCUGCACCUGGAGCAACAUGGCGGGGACAUACCGACCAAGUGCGAUCGACCAACGUUCGUGAAACACCACAGGAUAUAAACUGUGACACUCCGUCAAUUUCGUUAUCCGCGCGCACAUCUCCAACAAUAGAAACUAACAUGUCCAAAUCGGUAGAUACGCCAAAACCACCAGAACCGAGGUAUCCAGGGCGCCAAACAAAACCGCCAAAACGCUUUGAUGACUUUGUAACUGUAUAG